AUGAUUCUCGACUUGGACUUGGGCGCCCUUGCGUCUCGCGCUGAGGGGAUGGGUCUCACGCGAGUGCUUCCCCGAGAAGCCAAGGAAACAUGUCGCAAUGAUCAAUACUCGGAUACCUGCGAAAAGCCCAAUAUUAGCACAGGCGAGAUCAUGCUAAUCCUCUUCAUCGCCAGCGCCGUUGUAGCCCUUGGCGUUAUCGCCAUGCUAUGCUUCCUCCAUCGCCGCCGCAAGCGCCUCGACAAACUCGAAGACCCCAAGGAUUUCCAAGAACUCGACGACUACGGCAUUGCGCCGAUAAAGCAAAAACCAGCAAAUAUGCCCCGAGCACCACCGCCGACGUAUGAGCGAUCGCAGGACAAGAAGGAGAUGAACACGGCUUCGCCUGCUACUACGAAUGAGAGUUGGGGACGGGGGAGGGACUCGACUGAUUCGUUAACGCCGUCGCUUCGUCAGGCGAUGGGGGUGACGCCCCGAGAUACACUGGCCAAUCACUAG